UCCUCUCUUCCCACUCCAUUCUCAAUUUCUCUCUCUGUCAUCUUGAUUUUUUUUCUCUCUCCUCCUUCCAAGAUUCCAAUUUCAAUGGAAACUCCAUCAUCAACAAUGAGAAGGGUCACACGAUCCCAGGCCUCCAUUGCAUCUCAAAAGACCAAGAAAGAGGACUCGGUCACAAGAUCAGCGCUCAUCGACAUCACCAACGACUCGCCCAUCAUCGGCCUCGCCACGACCACGGAGAAAACGCCGUCUUCUUCGGUGAUCAAGAACCGGGUGCGGGCGAAGAGCACACCCGGAUCCGGUGAAGCUCUGCUGAGGGGCCAAGUGAAGAGCUUGCUUCAAAAGGUCGAGGAAGAAGCCGAGUUUGUUAACAAGGUUUACUCGGGCGAGAGGCCGCCUUUUCGGGUCUUGUUGGGCUUGCCGGGCCCGUCACCCGUUCAGGUUCUGGCUCCGACUCCGGCCAAUACCCCCCUGGUUCUCUCGGUCGUCGAAGAAAACGCAAGCAAGAAUGCGCCAAUUCAGGUUGCUGAGGCUGUGAAGCCAGAGGAACCGGCAGAAUGCAUGAUCAACAGAGCGUUGCUCUUCGAUUCCCCCGAGAAAUCGGAAGCAACCAUCGACUCCACGAGCUCCUCAUCCCUCUCACACCAAUACGGUGAAAACAGAAGCUGCACUGAGAAAUCCCCUGAAUAUGAUAGCUCCUCAGCUUGGUCUACGCAGGUUAACGCCAGCAUUCAAGACGAAGACGAAGACGAAGAAGAAGCUGAAGAUUUUGAUGGUGAAGGUUAUGACGAUUUAUGCGAGGGGCUGAGCAAGAUGACGGUGGAGGAGUUUUUCGAAGGGAAACACACUCGGUUUGUUUACAACAGCGACGGUGAGAUCGAAGGAGAAGAGGUUGUUAACGAGGAGGGUGCGAAGACUGUCGCUGCGUCGCCGGGCGUGGUGGUGCUGAAGGGGCUGCCGGUGCCGGAGGGGAAGCACUUGAGGUUUCACGACGAAGAAGAAGAAGAAGAAGAAGAGGAUGAAGAAGGAACGAACGAGUGAUGAGAGUGUUGUGAUGUUUUUGUGUGCGUGUGGUUGUUCUUCUUGACAGCCAUUGGUUGAAUUGCCAGGAGAUUGUGGUGAGAAGACUGGGAAUUAAUUGAUUUAUCAGAAAAUAAAAACCUUUGAUUUUUAGUACUACAA